GUUUUGGGACGGUUUUGGUUGGGACUUGGGAAUCUCUUUCUGUGAUUCAGAUUCCGUAUGAAGAAUAAAUUACUAUUAUUUGUGUUUUUACAGAAUUCUAAAUAAAAUUUGUUAUUUUAAUAUACAGCAGCUUCAGAAAAAUGGUUCGGGUUAUAUCUCAAGAGACCUACGAUGAAGUCGUUCAAGAGAAUAUGCAAGAAUUUGACAUGAGCGCGGAGGAAGCUAUCCAAGAUGCUAUAAACCAAUUUGAAGCUCAGGGUGUCGAUUUAUCAAAUAUAAUAAAAGAUUUAGUUUUAACACCUGGCGACGACCCUGAGAUCUCCAAAUCAAUAAAGAAACUGCAAGAACUCAAAGAAGAUGGUGAUGACAAUGAAAUUAUAGAGCAAUUAGAAAUAUUAAAGGCAGAAAGUAACAAAGACAUUGCUCGCAGGGUAAAAGCAGGCAAAGAAGGUGCCUACACAUUAUUACUAGAUUUACUCCAAUCAAGGCAUAAAAUGACCUUGGAAAAAACAAAUGAAAAAGAUGCAACAUUUAUUAUAAAUGUCUUGAACACUUUAAUAGCCCUAAUGGAUGUGCAACCUGAUUUGUUAGAUCAGAAAGGUGCUGAUGUCAUUAAAAGCAUUUUAGAUAACACAGAAGAUGACAACAUACUCAUGGCAACAUUGAAAUGGACAAGCACAUGUUGCAUAAAGCAUGAGAUGAACCGUCAAAGGUUGUUUGCAAAGAAUAUAACAAGUAACUUGAAGGCUUUGCUGCAAGUUGAGAACAAUGUUAAGUUACUAUCAGAAGUAUUAUCAGUGAUCCGGAAAUUCCCCCUGGAUGAUGAUAUUAGAGUGGAAUUUGGCAAAGCACAUGACCAUGCCAAGGAACUUGGGUUUCAGCUACUAGAGCCGUUAACUAACUUACUAAAAGAACACACCAAACCACCUUUAGUAUCAGAACUGAUGUCGACAAUAGCAUGUCUCCUAGUGAGACACGAACUGUGUGCUACCGUGGCGGAGAGUGGCGCAGAUGUGUUGUUCUCAGUGCUAGCUGACAACUCUGACAACAGUGCUGUAGUGCAGCAGGCGAGCAAGCUGACAACAGCUUUAGCCGGUAACGACGACGUGAAGAGGCAGCUGGUUAAAAGUGGAAUUGUGCCUGUCAUAGUGCUGCUACUCACUAGACACGCGAGCAAUGCCUCAACAACAGCUUCAACUCUGAAAUGCAUCGCGGCACUGACGCUACGCGAGCCGCCUCACAGCCGCCUGUUCUACGACUGCGGGGCGCCUGAGGCCAUCGUCGACUGCCUCAAGAGGCACCCGGAGAACGCAGCUGUACAGAAAAACGGCUGCUGGGCGAUCCGGAACAUGGUGGCCCGGUGUCGCGACAUGAACCCCAAGUUCAAGGACUUGGGGAUCGAGCCGAUCCUCAACGCUUCCUACGAGCGGUUCCUCAAGGACUUUGGAUUCGACGUCAAAUCGGCGCUAAGGGAUCUAGAGUGCGAUGUCAAGUUUGAUGAACAGUGGACUGGCAAGGGCGUGGAGUUGCAGCAGUGAAUUUCUUACACAUUUGUUUGUGCUGACAACCAAUUUAUUGGUUACUAUGUAAAUUAGAUUCCCUUCUUUCUCCUUUCUAAAGAAGGAUAUCCUAUUCUAAACCAAGUUGCAUUAUUACCUAGUUUAUAGGCACCUGCGUUGAGACUUUUUUGAGUUUCGACUUUUCUAAACAUUCUUACACAGCUUGGGUAUCUAAAAUGUACGGAGGGUGGAGUAAAAUGGCUUCGCUCAUUAUAUUGUAUUAAAAUAUGUAACUACUAAUUUGGUAGGAAUGCAAUCAUACGAUCUUAUCUACCUAUUGAUAUUGUCAAAGUUACGAAAUAUUAAUAAUGUUACAGUU